AUGAACCUGCCCCCCAUUCCUCCAUUGGCUGAAGACAAUGCAGAGGUGGCCACCAUUAUCGAAGAUAUCAACCGUCGUACCGUUGGUGACCCGCCUGACACCGCUCGCUGGAUUGAAUACCCCCUGUCAGAGCCGAACUGGAUCGUGACGAACAAACACUUGGCUGAGCAGAGAGGGCCAACUCAAUACGGCUAUUUUUGUGGCUUGGAGACCUUCGUUCACCAAAUCCCAUCCCCGGCUCAGCAGUUGUUCAUUCAGUCUUUCUCUCGGAAACUCCUCAAGAAGUUGACGAAGCUGUGUAGACGACACCGCGUCAGGAUGUUCAGGAAAAGAAUCUUAGCCAUCACGCCGCCUACUUCGAAAGCAGGGUCCAACGCCUGUCGAGAUCUACAUCAACCAGACGCCUUCUUCCACCACGUUUGUCUCCCCAAAUAUGGUGUCGUGGUCGAAAUUUCCUACUUGCAGAAGCGGGAGAGACUACAAGAAUUGGCCGAGUUCUACAUUCUCAAAAGCAACCGCAAGGUCCGAUUGUUUGUUGCUUUCGAUUACGACCACCUUCGCACCUGGAAUGUGUCCAUGCACACAUGGAGACGAGACUAUACAGACCCAGAAGGCCGGAAGCUGAAGCACCAUUAUCAGGAGAUCCGUGGCGACGAUGGAAGACUCGUUCCCGGCCCUCCUCUCCGCGUAUGCCUGCUUGAUUUCGCACGCCAAGAACUCAUUCCACCAUUCUUACACGGUCGGAACAUUGAACUCUCCGUGCGAGAAAUCGGCGCCGUCAUCGAAGAGGCAGACGCUCUGGAAGAGAUCGAAAUGGAGGAACUUGAUAGCGAUGGCGAUUCUGAGGACCCAGAACCGGCAAGAGAUGUGAAACCCAGCAGUGCCAUACGCAUCAAGCACCCGCCGACCAAAUCCUAA